GGAGGCAGGACGCUAGUGGGCAGCACCAUAGCAUAUUGAAGGAGCGGGAGAUAUCAUUUUUGUUCGGUAUGGAGAUGAAAGAUCGUUUUGAGUUUUUGUUGCAUGAAACUGUGUUUACCUUAUUUGAUUUCCUCAUUUUGUAGUGUAAUCCGGUACUUGUUCUUGAUGCCAGCGUGUCCUUUGCAAUAGUCAAGUUCUUUGUAACAUCACUUCUUUGUUGAUGUAACUAAGAAACUGGAAAUUGAUUUAGAGAAAAAAUGCAGUCGGUUAGUGCUCCCUUGUCAUCCGCGAGGCCUCGACGAUACUUCCUCUGCCGACGAAGAUCGUAACAGCGCGCAACCGCCAUUGACGAAGUGGACGCACCCUCUAUUGGACAAGACGACGACGAUACGAUAACGAACAGUUGCCCAUAUUCGCAGGCGGACGAUGGACGAUCACGAUUUGCAUAACUAAGAUGCAGAGCAGCUGUACUGAUUUGCGAAGAAAGCCUGCUCUCAAAACUCGAAAGGAGUGAAUCCGGCUGCUCGUGGUGGUCAAACAGAGUUUGUGCUUGCGCUGCUUCUGUCAAAUCGUGAAAUUGCCGGUUAACGGCGCCGUGCGUCAAGAUGCAUACGUAUUCCGAAUCUAUCUCUAUGUCUAUGCGCCUGCCCUUCAUAAAAAUGUUCUCAUGUUGACGCUCGAAUCCUCACUGUGUGCCAUCCUUCCAAAUUGACUCGACGGCUUAUUUUUCCACCCUGACACAGUUUUUGCAGUCACAUUCCUGUCACUAUCAACCACCACAGGGGCAAUCAUCUUUCGAAAGAGUUCUUUGAACUCGUAAAGGCGAUAGGGGAGAGCAGGAGUAAGCAAGAGGAGGAUAAGAUAAUCCUGAAUGAGCUUGCUCUCCUCAAAGCCACGAUUAAUCAGCCAGGAGUGCCGCUGAAAAAAAUGAAAGAGUACUACUCGUCCACCUAGUAGCAAAUUGAAGUUUGUUUUUCGUGUUAGGAGAAGUCGAUAGCGUACCACGUCUAUCAUCUUCUCUAGUACCUCAGAAUGACGCAUGUAGACUUUAUCACAUCCAUAUGCCCGUCUCCACCACAACCUAAAAACCCCUUCUACAGGUUCAUGAUUCGUGCUGUGUACGUAGAGAUGCUUGGGCACGAUUGCAGCUUGGCGUAUAUCCAUGCUGUCAAAUUGUGCAACGAAAAGCAGAUCAUGGCGAAAAGAAUCGGCUACCUGGCGUGCAACAUCUUUCUGCACAAAGACCAUGAAUUCAUUUAUGAAAUUUUUGGAAUUUGAAAAUGGAUUUAAUACCCCGCCGCAAGUACUACAUGUCACCCUCAUUGAAAUUGACAUGAAUCAAGCAAUUCAACAUUGAUGUAGUAUGCGCACACUUCCACCUUAUACCAUAGUGUUACAACCUACCUUCAUAACUGAAGGAUCUUCACCAGCAUCCCCCUCCUUUCAUCCACCCCAGCACUCUCCUCCUUUCAUCCACCGCUUCUGCUGAUCAAUACGCUGCAACGAGACUUGAAGAGUUCGAACCACUUGGAAGUAGCGGGUUCGCUUGUAAGUAUUUGCCGUCUGGUGAAUACUGAGAUGACGCCUGCGAUCCUACCUGAGGUGCUGAAGUGCCUUACGCACAGCCACGAAUCUGUACGGAAGAAAGCUAUAAUUGCCCUGCACAAAAUCUACAAGCUGGAUUCAUCGGUGGCGGCGGGCUGCAACGACGCGGUGCGGAAGGUAAAUAUUUUACAUUUUACAUUGCAAUUAUGUAGAUGUACUAUGUAUGACAAGUAGGUGGCCCAUACAGUAAAACAAGAACGGGAUGAUUUUAGUACUACAGGACUCAUUGGGUUUCGGAGGACGAGAAUGGAAUGAAGUCCUUUCUUUGCCCUUCACUUCUCACCAAACGCUACCCAUUAGGUUCUCUGCGACCAGGAUCCAAGUGUCAUGGGCGCUAGUCUGUACAUGCUCCACGACUUGGCGAAGUCCAAUACUAGCGGAAAUAAAGACCUAGUGCCUAGCUUUGUAUCCAUUCUGAAGCAGAUAGUAGACCACCGAUUACCAAGGGAAUUCGACUAUCACCGAGUGCCAGCACCAUGGAUACAGAUCAAUUUAUGACAGACAACAUUCAUUAUGUGAAUACUAGAGAACCAAAACGAACAACAACUCGUUGUUCUAACAGCGUGGCCUGCUCACCGUCCUCUCCCCAGUACCAAUUUUAGUUCACCACCACUUCUAAUCUGCCUGAUCUCAAUUCUGGGUACGCUCGGCGCCGCCGACCAGAAAGUGAGCGAGCAGAUGUAUCCUUUAUUAGCAGACGUGAUGAAGAAGUGCGAUACUGGGGUGAACGUUGGGCAUGCGAUCUUGUACGAGUGCGUGAAGACGAUCACGAAAAUCUAUCCCCAUCCACCUUUGUUGGAGCAGGCAGCACAGAGCGUCUCAAAAUUCAUAUCCAGCGACAAUCACAACUUUUAAGGCUUCUUCUAAUCCAUCUUGACGGACAUCCUUAAGAGGGAUCUCGAGGGGAAAAGGUGCUCAGGAUGCAUCCCAAGAUGGAUUAGGGCGAACUCUAAAACUUGAAGUAUCCCUUACCGUGGUUGUGCUUUUUUUUUCGGCACUUCUUAACGUGGUUGUGCUUUUUUUUCGGCACUUCUUGACUCACGCUUAUAAGUACUAGAAUGCUCUCUACUGCUGGUUGACAUAUUAGCGUAUCCGUAAGUAAUCGUAAUCCUUGUUCUACUUCUUUGACUAGCUCGUUUCUUCCCACCUACCUUCAAUUCUUCCUCACUACCGCAACAUCAACAGGUACUUAGGAGUAACCGGCUUAGCAGCAAUAGUCCAAAUGAACCCGAAGUAUGCGGCAGAGCAUCAGAUGGUGGUUGUGGAUUGCUUAGAAGACCCGGAUGAAACAUUGAAGAGGAAAACGCUUGACUUACUGUACUUCUCUACGUGGUUCACAGUGACUAUUGGAACAAUCGACGGUCAUGUUGUUCUAGUGAAAAAACACUAUCUCGUGUACUACAUCGGACAAACUUCGCGCGUGCCCCACUCCAGAAAGAAUUGUAGAACCUCCAAUUGAUUUUUCAUUCCCGAGAUAAGCAAUAAGAGAUACGUUCUUGAAGUAAGUGGAUACUGAUGAUGUGGCUUUUACAUGCGUGCCCCACUCCAGAAAGAAUUGUAGAACCAAUUGAUUUUUGUUUUCCUCCAGGUACAAGAUGAGCAAUCCGCAGAACUGCACAGUAGUCGCGGAGAAGCUGCUUUUUCACCUACAAACAAGUCAAGACCAACACUUGCGGAAAGAGCUGACCCAGCGGGUCUGCACCCUAGCGGAGAGGUAUGCACCCUCAAAUGAGUGGUACAUAUUAUGGCACACAAAAAUGAUCAUCCUUAUAGACUUAGAUUCUUUGGUCGUGCUUUAAUAUAGCAGAAAAAAUAUUAGAGUAGUAGCUUGUGGACGAACUGGAAACAGAAUUUCUUUUUUCAUCAGUGAGAACGAUUAUUAUUCCUAUUCGUCCCGAUAGAUAACAAAUCUACGUUAUUCCCAUUCAUCCCGAUAACCCCGUUUCUAAGGAUCGAAACGAUGAGUGAAGUGUUUCAACUCGGUGGCGAUCUUCUUCCACCAUCAGUAUCGCAUAAUCUCAUGCGCUUUGUAGCUGAAGGAACGGGGAUGAGCGAUGAGGACGACAAAAAGCUCCGGACUUUCUGCGUCAAUAUUAAGGCUUCCCGUAAUUCAUCUGGAGAAGUAUCUUUGACACGUUUUCAACGGGAUGGAACGUCAAAGAUGCUGUCAAAGAUUUUAAUUUGAAGUAAGCUCUAACAAUAGCUACGUCAAGAUUCUAGAGAAGGGUGCCAGCAUGAAGAGGUGUCCGGACGUUUUGGUGCAGGUAAGAUAUCUUUUGGGUUGAUGUACUUCAUGCGAGGACACACGGGAAAUGACAUCUUCAAUAUUCGAAAUUCAGAACUAUUUAUGUAUAGAUACACGAAAAUUCACUGUAACAACAAAACAGGUAAUCGCCUGGGUCCUCGGCGAAUACGGCUCUUUAUGCACAGUCGACGGUUACAGUGUGGGCGAUAUCAGUGAUCUACUUUGCGAAUCCCUAUCGCGGUCGCUGGAAAGCAACGAGACACGAUCCUUUAUAAUAUCGGCGCUGACGAAGCUAGUUGCCCAGAAUGAGAGUCUUCGGAACGAUUCAAGCGUAGAAGACGUGAUAGAGAGGUGAACGUUAUUACUUUUUUUUUCCGCGUUAUGUGUAAUAGUCCUCUACUUCACAUCCACUAAUGUGCUGUUCAGACCACUACUUCAUCCACUACUUCAUCCACUAAUGUAAUUUCGUUUCAGCAGAUAAUAUUUCAGAUCCGCUUCAUCCGCCACGAUAUUUCAGGUAUUCCGAGAGUCGCAGCACAGACCUUCAGCAGAGGUGUUAUGAGCUGAAGCAUAUGCUAGAAACCGCGCCACGAGUUGUCUCACUCGUUCUACCCUACGACGCCGCAUGUGAGGACAUAUCGGUGGACCCAAAAUUGAGGUUCCUAGACUCCUAUGUCAACCGUUACGGAGGCGACCAGCGGUAUUUGACAAAAGAAGAACGAGCUAAAGCCAAAGCAGCUAUUAGUGGUGCUAGUGGAGCAGCAACUACAGGAGCCGCUGGAGGGGCGAGCAACAAGAGUAGUAGUUUGAUGGGAGAUUUGAAUUUUGCACCAUACGAAGCUCCCAACGUUGGGCCAAAGGCACCAGGAAUGCAAGUUGCUAGUUCUUCUUCCUCUUUCGGCAGCUCAGCACAGUCAAGCACGGCAGUUGAAGCUAGUGGCGGAGCUAGAGGUCCGCAGACAGGAGAUUCCCUGGGAGGCAUAUUCGAUAGUGCAAGUAGUGCAAAUGGAAGGCCUGGAGGAUUGAACAUACAGGGAGCAGGCGGUGCGAAGAAGUGGGGGCCGAGUGGGUACAGCAAUUAUCAUGUCGGAUCAUUUCGGUUGGAUUUUUUACGCUUGCACGAAAGAAAGAUUUACCUCUUCAAACAAUUGAUCCUCCUACCGGAUAUCAUUUUUUACGCGUUCGAAAUUGUAUUUCCAGGUACAACAAUCCUGCUGGAGGUAUGCGAACUGGCGCGGUCACAAGCUCACUUGCAACAGCCCCAGCUGCAUCAGUAGUCUCUUCCGCUCCUUCACCCUCCGCUCCUUCAGCACCCGCGCGACCUACCGCAGCUGCAUUAGCGAAGCAACAGCAGCAAGAGAAGAAGAUGAGCGAGAAAGAACGCAUGGCAGCCGCUCUAUUUUCAGGCAUGGUGCCUGGUGCACAAGCGACUGCGACUACUACUUCGAGUUUUCCUCAGAGCGGGGGUCUAAGCAACCUGACUGGCGGACAAGGAGACCCUAUAUCAGCGAGCAAGGGUGGCGCAAAAAGCGGUGGUUCAUCAGGCGCAAGUACAACCACAGACCCUACAAGUAGUAGUCCUGCGGAUGAAAUACUUAGUACGUCAAACAAUAAGCCAGAAGUAGAUCUCUUAGGUGGCGGAGACUCCCCAACACCACAGAAACUACAAACAGUACCAUCAAUAUCAUCGUCCGGCGGCGAGGACUUGCUUAGUGACGACCUACUAGGUCUAGGAAGCAGUGGCCCGCCAGAAUCCUCGACGACUUCGGCUGUUGGAACGGCCUCUGGGGGUGGUGGAGGCAUAGAUGACUUGCUGUCUUUAGACGUGGCGCCUGCCUCAGCAACAAACACAGGACCACCUAGUCGGGGAGCAGCGACUGGGUCAAGCGGUCCACCUGCGGCGUUCUUUAGUCCGGCUUCACGAGCAGGAGUUUCUGGAGUCGUCCCUACGAGUACUGCGAACAACAUCCUCACUCCCCUCUCCAUAACAAUCGACGUCUUGGGCGCUGAAUGGCCCUCACUCCCAGUAGAGCGGAAAGCGAACGUUCCAGUGCCUGCGCGUGGAUCCGCACAUUUAGCCACUUGUGCCGCUUUUGUGGCACGCUUAGAAGCGUAUUUGAACGUGAGGCGGGUCGAAAUUAUUGGCCAAGAAGCUAUUUCGGCAGGCCUAGACGCAGCGGGGAGAAAAUGCUUUCUGCACGCUCAUGUAAGCCCUGGGGCGGUCUCGGUAGCCAUCAAAAGCAUGGACGCGACUGUGGCAGACGCAGUCGUGACGGCACUGCAAUCGCCCGAUUUCCUGAACUGAAGAGGUUCUCCCUUGGGUUGUAAUUAAGUACUUGGCCAACAAGACCUUGAUUCAUAAGACUUAAAGACAAAGAAUUGAAAACGAUUUUUUAUCUUUGAUUCUCCCUCAACAAAAAGAGGUAACCCCUUGCUUUGUGAAAAUGUUUCUCUUUGUGAAAAUACUUCUCACGAAUUGGUCCAUCUUCUUCUAGCUGCCCCUCUAUUGGUGGAAUAUCCUUCCACGAUUAUUCAAAGCUAGAACUAGAAGCUAGUCUGGAUCCCGCCGAAAUAAUCUGAAUUUUCCUUUCCGUCUUCCGUGCUUCCACUUAAAAGUACUUCUCUCUACUUCAAUGACAGAGACCAUGUUGAAUCUAAAAACGUCACCGUCCAGAUAUCAGAAAAAACCAUGAAUACUUCUUUCUAGUCCGUGUGCUGAUGGUGUGUUUUCUUGUCGGUAACUAAAAAUCUUCUUCACCUAGUAGAGAUUGGUGCCGAGAAUGGAAAACAAGAAACAGGAAGGAAUCUCUCUGUCUGUUUACUCAAUGACAAUGAACCAUCAUGCAGUUGCAUAUAUCAUGACGCGAACAAUUGCAUUUCUGACCGCAGUGAGUGUCGGAAAUAAUCAGAUCGUGCGUUCUGGAAUUCAAUUGUUCAUCACUACUACUCGCCUGUGCUGCUUCCAAUCUUCUGCAGCGAUGGAACUGACGAACAACAUCU